CUCUCUCACUCUCUGUCUCUCUCACUUUAUCUUCUCAGUUAUUCUCUCAGGAUCAGUCCAUACCUCUCUCUGGGUUGCCAGAGUGGGUGCAGGAUUGAGUGCAGAGGAAGUGUGCAGCUCUCCUCCUCCUCUCUCUCCACUUGUUUACUCUGUAUGUCCCACACACUCCUAACUGGUUUGUACUUCACAGCUGCGGCAGGAGUAGAAUGUGUGUGUGUGCGCGUGGAGCAGUGGACUGUCUUUAUCAGGGCUGUGUGAAGAACACAUUCAAUAUGCUGCACGAGGCUGCAAACUGAUUCUUCCUGAGAAAAAAAAAAAACAAAACAAGAGGAAUACAGGCUCCAGCAUUAUUCAGUUAUGGUCUGCAGCAUGACGAGUGUAAGCAGAUGAAAGAAAGCAAUGUGUGUGUGUUAGGUCACACUUCCCUCUCUCUCCUGCGCCCUUCUUCAUGAGGACAGAGUGAUGACCAUGCGAGGCCACUGGUCCUCCAACACACUGGCUGUCAUCUUCCUCCUGCUCUCCACUGCAGCUCUUUCGGCACACUUCAGAGUUUGCGAACCCUACUCUGACCACAAAGGGCGCUAUCACUUCGGCUUUCACUGCCCUCGACUCUCUGACAACAAGACCUACAUGUUCUGCUGUCACCACAACAACACCGCCUUCAAGUACUGCUGCAACGAAACCGAGUUCCAGGGCAUCAUGCAGUCCAACCUCACCAACACCUCUGAUGGUUUCACACACAAUAAUUACACAGCUCUCGUUGGUGUGUGGAUUUAUGGUUUCUUUGUCAUGGUUCUGCUGGCAUUGGACUUCUUAUACUAUUCAGCCAUGAACUAUGAGGUGUGUCGUGUCUAUCUGGAGAAGUGGGGACUGGGCGGUCGAUGGUUGAAACAGGCCAGGAGCCAGUGGCACAGUGCCACCAUGGUGCAGGAGGGAGAGCCGAGCACAGGGACGAGUCUGAGCCACGGCCCUCACCAACAUCAUCACAGACAGAGUUUAAGAGGAGAGGUGGAGAGUCCUGCCCUCCUGACCAUCCAGACCUCCACAGCAUGAUACUUGAAGCUUGACUCAUUAGGAUGUACUGUGCAGGAGAAGCCAAGAAGAAACAGUCACAGAAAGCUCACUGACUUUUCACAGAGUAACUCUGCAGGUUUAUCUCCCUUUUUGAGAUGUGGAUUUUUUUUCCUCCACUGUGAUGUUCAGCGAGGAAACUUACUUAACACGGUCGUCUGAUCAUCCGAUCCAUAUCUGCGCAACAGGAUGAGCACUUUCUCUGACCUUUCAACUAAGGCAAAGUAUCCUAUUGUAAACAGUAAAGGGAAAAGUGUGUACUCUUAUACCCUACUCUUAUACUCACAGCACAAGGUGAGACAGACUUCAGUUUCUGAGACUGCCGCAAACUCAAACACAAGGCAAACUGUAGAUGAAUGUUCUAUUGUACUUCUCAGCAGGAAAAGCAGAGGAUCUUUUAUUCAUUCAGUGAUUGUACCGGUCCUGUAGUGCUUUUUCAAGGAAUUUAGCUGGAUAUAUGAUAUUAAAGACUUAACCAGACAAAACCAAAAAAAAAAAGCACAUUUCAUCUGAGAUAAACCUUUUUUGCCUCCUAUUAGAAGACAACCAAAAUACUAAAUACAUGGUAUUGAAAAUAUUGUUUGAAAAUAUUGUGUAUAUGAUCAGUAUUCACCAUCGCAUUAAAAUCACUGGUUGAAAGUGAUGUGUGUACUCUUGCAAUACAGUGAAGUACUUAACUACUGAAGUUGACAAUGUCAGAUUAAGCAAUAUGUCAUGCUAGAAAGUCCUGAAGAUGUACGAUGAUGUGUGAUUGUUCCAAAUGAAUUACUUGAUUACAUGGAAAUACUGCCUCAUAGAGCUUCUUUUUCUUUAGGGUGGCCUCCUGGUGCAUUUACAUUGUCGCCAAAUGAUCUGAUGUCGAGCUCUGCAGAGUAAAUCUAUAGUAUCUGCUUCUGUGCGUUAUUUUAUUUAUUUUUUUUUUUUUUUCAGAAUGAAGAAUACAGUAAGAAAUGCUGAUACAGUUAUUAUUAAUAUCACUUCCUUCUCACUGAUUUCAGCUAUUCUAAAAUGAACUGUGGACAUGACAUGAACCCUUUCGUUGGCAGCAAUGUGAAUGCACCAUUGGUAGAAAUCCUGCCGGUAGCUUUAUUUCCCGUGUGGAAAACGUGCACUGACUUGAGGUGAGUUGAUAGGAAUAGUCAAAGCGAGUAGUUAGUUAACCUGCAAUAAAGCACAGUAUUGUGUUGCAUUACAUUAUAAUAGAAAGAAACCUUUCUGUGAUAUCGUUAUCAGUGUUUUAGAUGAAUCUAUUCUCUUCUCCUAGCAGGCAGAGACAUAAUCUGUGGUACAGUAAUGGGUACUGGUGAUGGUGAUAAAUUGCCUUACAGUAAAACUAUUGUACACCCAGCACCAGUCGCAUUGUAGUGGCACGUGUCCUUCACUUCAGGUGUAGCGUGGCAGUGCACCUGUUCUUGAUGUGGGUUUUAACGAAUGUAUAGUGUUUGGAUUCGUUUUUUUGUUGUAAUUGCACUUGUUAACUUUUUA